AGCUGUCAAACAGCUCGCCGUGAGCCAACCCGGCCCCUGCAGGGUUCGAGCGUGCGUGUAACCACCGAAGAAAGCUUGGCAAGAAAGAAAGAAAGAAAGAAAAAAAGCGUCACGAAAUUAUUUGCCCUCAACCAUACAGCAAAAGAAAAACAAAAACACGGAAUUAAACGCGACAGACACCGAAACGGCAAAGCAUUUGCCUCUCCAAUCAACCGGUAGGAUCAGAGUGCGGUGGUUUGGUUUUGGAGAAGAAGAACACCUUUGGAUACGGGAUCCGCAACACCAUGCAUCGCAAGUAGUGGCCGCCAGGUCGGUAGUGAGGAAGGAGAGCGAGAGAGAGAGAGAGAGAGAGAGAGAGAGCAAUCGUAGGCGGUUGAAUACGCGGACGAACAGCGGAAGAGAGAGAACGGGUGAACCAAAAACCGCACUAAAAGCAGCAUGGAUUCGGACGACGGUGGCAGCGGUACGAAGCGAUCGGGCCGGGGCCGGGGCCGCACCAGAGGCACACGCGGUAGGGGCAGAGGGCGGGGCCGCGGCCGCGGCAAGAAGGCGACGCGCGUCAUCUCCUCGGACGAGGAGGAGGAGGUGGCCAGCCCCGAGCCGGAAAAGGAAAAUGGGGCCGUGCCGGCGGUGGCGGAAAAGCCAGCGCCGGCCCCGUCCGGCAAGCGGCGCAGCGUCGAGCACGAGCCGAUCAAGGAGCUGGGCGGGCCGCAGCCGCCCCAGGUGCUGCCCGCACCGGCCGAACCGGACCCGGAGCCCGGUGCGCUGCUGCCCGCCCCGACCAGCGCGCCGCUCAUCAUCGACAUGGAGGCGGACAUUUCCCAGCUGGAGGCGCCCACCUUCACCACGAUCAGCCGGGGGCCGCCCGAGCCGAUGCUGCGGCUGAACUGGAACCACAAGGUGAACCUGAUCGGCGAGAAGGUGCUCAACCCGAUGAUCUACUGCUGCGACCAGUGCGACAACCCGAUCCUGAUCUACGGCCGCAUGAUACCGUGCAAGCACGUGUUCUGUCUGCGGUGCGCCCGCUCCGACACGCUCAAGGUGUGCCCGCGCUGCAAGGAGAAGGUGGUGCGGGUGGAGCAGACCCGCCUCGGCACGGUGUUCAUGUGCACGCACGGCGGCACCCGCUACGGCAACACGGGCUGCCGGCGCACCUACCUGUCGCAACGGGACCUGCAGGCCCACAUCAACCACCGGCACGUGACGAACGCGGGGCACGCGGCGACGGCGUCGGCGGCGUCGGCGGCCCCGCCCGCCCAGCAACCGGUGCAGCCGCUGGUCAUACCGACGGCGGUCGCCCACCCGCCCGUCCCGGUCCAGCCGAUGGAGCUGUCGCCGAUGAGCAAGCUGCUGUCGGAGAAGGUGAACGCGGGCGGGGUGGCGCCGCUGCGCAAAAACUCCUGCGAGCAGCUCAACUCGCCCCGGGCCGGCAUGAUGCGGCAGGGCGAGCUCGGCGACGGCUACUACUACGGCAGCUCCGGCUCGUACGCGUCCAGCCAUUCGGCUGCGAACCAGCACAUGCACAUGUCGAUCGGCGUGCCCCAGCAGUCGCCGGUGCAGCAGCAUCUGUCCCGCACCGGCUACUCGCCGUACGGGCAUCAAACGUCCUCGCCGCAGCAGCAACCGUCGUCCAGCGCGUCCUCCACCCUCUCGUCGUCCCUGUGGAGCCAAUCCACCAGCCAGUACUAUCGCUAGACGCGUACUGGCCCAAGAGAGGCUGAGCUGCGGAACACAGCAGAACAGGUCCCCCCCCGAACGGAUGUGAAUGAUUUUUAAUAUUUUUCAUUAUUUUUUUUUUGCAAACAGAAUAAGUAUGAUUUAGAAUAAAGGGUACGCAUGUCUCAAACAUA